CUAUUUUCUCUUCGAAGCGGCAAUUUUAUGUAUGCGAUAGUAAAUGGGGAGUCUGCUGUCGAGUUUCAGAUCAGUUUGGAACAUGACUUCAAAUUCAGCCAGUUCUGAGGCAGAGAUCCAAGUACAUCAACUGAGCCAGCACCCAAACAAGGCUUGGAAAUCCAUGCAGCAGGACCAGAAAGUUAUUAAAAAGCAUCUUGUUGAUGACCCAGAGUCUCCUGUACCUGAUGGCCACCUUCGAUUUGUGUGUAUUUCUGACACACACAGUCGAAUAGAAUAUGGUGGAUUCCAGGUACCAGCUGGUGAUGUUCUUAUACAUGCAGGGGACUUCACAAUGAUUGGACUGCCCAAAGACAUUGACAAAUUCAAUAAAUUUCUUGGGACAUUACCUCACAAAGUCAAGAUCGUAAUAGCAGGAAACCAUGACUUAACAUUUGAUAAAGAUAUGGUUGAAAAAAGCCGUGAACAAUUGACCACAAUGUUUGGUGUGACAGAAGAAAACUUUGAGGCUUAUAUGACCAAAAACAAAUUGAGUGAAGUAAAAGAACUUUUGACAGAAUGUGUUUACCUCGAGGAUGAGUCAGUCAACAUUCAUGGAAUCAAAAUCUACGGAUCUCCAUGGCAGCCAGUAUUUGGUGGAUGGGGUUUCAAUUUACCACGAGGACAAUUACUGCUGGACAAGUGGAAUAUGAUACCAGAUGAUACAGAUAUCUUAAUCACCCAUGGCCCUCCCGUUGGUCAUGGUGAUUAUAGUUUUGAUGGCCACAGGGCUGGGUGUGUCGAGCUUCUUUCUACCAUACAGCAUCGAGUCCGACCCAAAUACCAUAUUUUUGGACAUAUUCAUGAAGGCUAUGGUGUCACCACUGAUGGAUUUACCAACUACAUCAAUGCUUCUACAUGUACAUUAAAAUACAAACCCAUCAAUGCUGCUAUAAUAUUUGACUUCCCUAUUCCUGAAGGACAUACAAAGGAGGAGGCCGUUGAUCUGUGUGUACAGACUGCCAUGCCCACCAAGAGUUCGUCAGAAUCACAUAUUAAACAAUCAAGUGAUGACAUUGAUGUUGAAUUUACCGAUGAUGUCUGAUAAGGCUACAGCAGAGAUUUGGUCACAUAGAACUUCAUAUUUUAUAUAUAUAUGUUCUUAGAAUUUUUGAAAAUAUACAUUAUCAUAUAGUUGACGAAAUUAUUUUUAUGUAUUUCACUAUGUUUUUAUUGCCCAGUUUAAUGGACUUUUAUGAAAAAUAAUUCCUGUUUUAGCUGUAUAUGUGUAUAACUUCCUUAUUAACAUGCUCAAAUUAUUAAUACAUAUUUCGUGAAAUUACUUCAAGACAGUUUUGAAGGAAUUCAUU